AGAGCAUAUCACGAGACAUGAGCACAAGUUCGCUCCAGUUAUGUCCGCCAUUUUGCUGCUCGGAUGGCGAACGCGGACCGAAGCAGUCAUCCAUCACUAGAACACAGUAUGAAACGUUCCCACAUCCACGAUCAGAUCGUCACGUCUGCUCAGUUUAAACAGGCUACCGCUGAACCAACUACGGUAAGUAUCGCGGACAUGUCGUGUUCCAGAGGUGUCCCGGAUGAACCUAUUCAAAAUGGCGGCGACAGCAUCGAGGAGAUCAUUGAAAGAUAUACUCAGCGUCAGGGCCUGAUGAAGGUGUUAACGAACGAAGCGAAAGAUUUAUCCAUGGACAAAGCUGGCCAACUCAACGGCGAAACAUCGGCAAUACCAGCCGAACAUUUAAUAAGUGUGCCGAAUGGAUCAGCCGAAUCGAAUCUUGACCUGGUCAGAAACAAUCCACCACACGUCGAGGAACACAAUCUUGUUGUAGCUGUCAGCGGCGUCAACAACAAUCAAGCAGAGCCUUCAGAAUUGAGACAAGAACGCUCCAUCUUCGAACAUAUCAACGGGAAUUUUAGGCCUCCGGUUAUCCUCGCCCAAAACCAUGUCAAUGGAAAUGUCUCCAACGGGACUGGAACUAUUGACACUCCGAUAGAGACCAGAGUUGCCACGAACACAAGUCGUGUAACUGUGGGAGAAGAAAAGGAGGAAAAAACGGGCAACGCGAUAGACGGAAGUAAUAUUUUUGAACGUGUGAGGAUUAAUUCGUAUAUCGACAGCUUAACUCAGCAAACAAUUAACACAAGGGAGGGAAACGGAGGAUUUCCUUUCUCAGAAAAGCUCCGACGGUUGACGAAUAUAAACAAAGAAGGUGCGAAUAAUAUGUCUACUACGGUACAACCUUUAAGAACAGGCUACGAUGCCGCCUUUAAACAGCUGACUCCAACGAAUGCGAACUCAGGUACUAACACUAUUGCGGCACGACUUGUGAACAACGGUCAUCUUCAACCUGUUGGAGCACAAAUUAUUAUUCCGCCAGAGCCGCCGAAGGUAGACUCCAACCUUAUAUUUCCUUCAGUGACGCACUUAAACUACCCCAAUGCGGUUUCAAGUUCUGUUGGUGCAAAACAUUCGUAUUCAAGUCGAGACGUUGUGUCUGGGCACCAGAACAACAACGUGAACUCAAGGCCUGUUCAACCAGCAAACGCAGUGGGAAAACUUAACCUUAUCAGUUUAGACUCUACACGAAGCGCUGGAGAAAUGCUAAACGGAGAGAAGAAGCAGACGAACUUAAAGGCUACUCACUUAGUUGGCCCUUUUAUCGGAACCGGACCCCCUCCUCCAAAUACCUACGUGGCAGCAGUCAGGCCUGCGCAUGUGCAGUCCUUACCGAGUGGCUUCCAAAUUCCAGCGUUCACUCAAUUACGAGCGGUUUCCUCACCGCUUAAAGGACGCUCCGCACCAUCCAGCUUUCAGCUGGUAUUGCCAGUCCUUUCGCCCGGGACGAUACCUAGAUCAUCCGUGGUCAACCAAAUUAUUAUGCCCUCGCCAGUUCCUCAUGCUGCUUUAGAGAGGAACAAGGCAUCGAUUCGAAAACAGCGCGAUCUGAUUUGUUCCGAAAGACUUAUUUCGUCACCCGAAGUGCCAGAGAGAAUGUUUAGACCAGUAUCCCCAGCUAAGAGUGUACUUAAUGAGAGAACUUCACCGCGCUUUACUUAUACACAAGUUCCGUGUCAAGCGCCGAGUGACUUUUCUCCGCUACGAGCUCGACGAGCAAUUUUGUCGCAGAAAAAUGACGUAGACAGAAGGGGCUCUGUGGAGGAGGAGCUCGCAGAUCAGUCUUAUGAAUGCGCGUUACGUGAAUCGGCAAACAGUCCCGAUAUUGAGAGGUAUUUACGUUGCGAGUCACCAGUGACGAUUCAAUCCUCCCCGAACACACGAGCAAAUAAUUACGCUUGUGGGAACAUUUCUUCUACGGAAUCGCUCGUCUCGCCUCCUGUGGCGAGCAACGGUGAUUCCCAAAAUGUUAUAUUUCCAGAUAAACCAAGCACACCAGACACGCCCGUUUCGCCGGGUGUGGUGUGCGAUGACGAUUCGGAAAAUGUUGAAAUAUCAGCAACCAUAGUGGAAGAAUGCCAGGAUGAUAGUCCUCGGGCUAAAACACCUGAAAUAAACGAUAUCGAAAUUGGUGUCCAGGACACCGAGGACACCGACGACGUGUCAAAGAAAAAGCAAAACAGUGCGAUGAUUCGUCGCCUCGAGGCCAGGCUUCCAUCGCCGGUGCGUGAACGUAGCGGAGGAGACUUGUACCGAGACCCGAGCGAAUUAACGCGCGAAGAGAGAGCUCUUCAACGAGCUAUGAUACAAUUCAGCGAGAUGGAAAUGAAGGAGAAAACUAAAGGAAUAAAAAAGAAAGACUCGUUAAAAAGGCGCCUUAGAAAACGGCCAAAGGAUAAACAAACAACAGUGUUAAAUGGUGCCAAGAAACAGUCAGGAGCCAAUGUUUGGUUGAAAAAACUGAAACGUAGAAGACUGUGGUUUUCACAGCGAAGAAGCGUAACUGUUAAAUCUACAGCCCAAGAGGAUAACAGGACUGCAAAAAGUAGGGGACCUCAAGAAACAGUGGUUGUUAAAAGGAAACGUUUGAACUCGACAAAUGCCAAUAAGGAUGAACAACCUAAACGAAAAAGAAAACGCUUGGAAACAGUUACAGACAAACGAACCUUUGAUGCCAAACCAGAGGAUACUUCACAAACAACAGCGGUCUCACAAAGCCACAAACACGCGGAUAAUAAACCGGCCGAAGUGAGAAGACAUUCCUCUGACACGCGUGCUCCUCAAGAAACCAAAAAGGAAAACGUCCCACAUAGUACUUCACAUAAAAGGUCCAUUUCUACUGGAGACAUGGGAAGGAAGGUUGUUAAACGUGCAAGGGUAGAGAUAGAACCACUGCGGGUUAAUAGACAGGAAGUCGCUCUACCCAAAAAUGCCGACGGCGGAAAAACAGACAGAAGUCACCGUGUGAAGACAUACAUGCUUGUUACUGCAUAUCAAGGCUUCAGGGAUUUCAAGCCAAUAGUUCUCGAAUCUCGAACACGCGGGAAGUCGAAGCAACCAGACAGUGAACCGCCACAGCAGAACACUAAACCGUCAGAGUUCCCUUUACUCGUGGUGGAAAGCGUGAAUUCAAAACCUGUGAAAAACAGUAUCAUUGCCGAGAACGAAGAAGUCCAACAAAUAGUAGAAAAUUGCCUGAAGGCGCGCGGUAAAUGGCGAGUUGAUGAGGCACUGGAAGAGGAUACCAUUGAGGAUGAUAUCCUAAAAGAAGCCAGGAAGCUUAACGUGAAUCGCAACACAGGAGAAACCAUUUUACACAAAGCGGCUCGAUUAGGCUAUCACGAAACGGUUCAUCAUCAUAUACAUCAAGGUAUCGAUCCCAACGCCAAGGACAACGCUGGUUGGACGCCAUUACACGAGGCUUGCUCCAGAGGCCAGGUUGACGUCGUCAAGGUCUUGGCAAAGUACGGUGCUGACGUCAAUGCGUGCUCUAAUGACGGUAUUCGACCCAUUCACGACGCGGCGGAAGGAGGUCACGUGGACGUACUGAGAGUUUUGUUAUCGUAUGGCGCAGAUCCCCUUCUCGCAACGUACUCUGGGAACACUGCACUCAGCUGCACCAAGGAUCCGAACGCGAGGACGUUCCUAGAAGGUUUCCUGGAGGAUGUCGACUUGAGGAGCCCUACGUUAUCUUCAAAUGAAACCGAGGGAUGUUGGGAAUUUGGCGGAUCUUGUCCCGUUUUGGAUGCUUCGCCAGAUCACACGACGGGUAUUUUUGAAGCAGUUCCAAAAGAUGGAAGUAUUGUUGAUGGGGAAUUUGAGAUAUGUGACAGGCCACACCUGCCGACCUACAAUCUGCCAGUGAUGCAGAACGACGAAUUAACAUCCGGGCGACGAAAUUACGUUCUCCUCUCCGACAUUCUAGAGCACCUCCGAAUAGGCCGAGGUGCACUUUUGAAAAAGGCCAAAAGACUCGACAUACGUGAAAUGCCCUGGUCUCAGUUCAUGAAUGAAAUCGCUGACAAACCCUUGUGUGUCGUACCCAAGUAUUCCCCGCCGGAUAGCAGCACACAAGAGGGUGUGGCGGAACUUGUACCGAUAAACUACAACCUUAGAAGGCUUCUAAACAUCAGAGUGGAAAGCGUAAAUAUGACGUGAAUCAUUCCUGGAUCACCCAUCCCACCCUAGAAUAAAUCGAGGCGCUGGUGGCCCCCCCCGUCUCUCCCCUCCAUCCCACCUCCCCCAUCAGGAAUAAAUGCCAAGCAGGAAGGAAAAUUGUUAUUUUUUAUCAAUCACCAAAUGCAGCGAAGUCUGUAAGGAUUGAGAUUAAGAGCAGUGAUAAUGCAUUUUCCGUCGAGUGGAAGUUAAACUCGUAUCGCUGUUAUCUCUCAUGGCAAAAAAGCUAACAGAUACAAUGAAAUUGUCGGAGAAUAGAGUAAGUUUCUGGAAAUCGAACUAGUCGCGUUUCUCAUUGUAUGCAGUUGGUCCCCGAUAUGAAUCCUCUCAAAUGCUUUGGCUGUGUAACUCUACUAAGGGUAGCAGAAUUAUCUGUGGUGACGAACGAGUGUCUUUAAAUGCAAGAAUCGUCACACAAGGAACUUAUCUUUUGAUCUUGAACUGUCAUCAGGGGCGAUACAUCUUUUAAAAGUUCAUAAAAGAUGUCGUACUCAAAUUAUGUCUGUUCCCAAAGUUAUCCCCUUGUACAACUUACAGAUGCGACCUCCUUGUUGUUCAUUUGUGAUCGUACAAUUUGAGAGAAUUGUUUGUGAUUUCAAGAUAAUUCUGUUUGGUGUUAUCUGGUCUUUGGGUAAUGAGGUUAAAUUAAGCGAUAAAUAAGCUUUUGAGUUAAAAUUCUUUGGUCCUCUGGAGUUAAAAUUACUUUGAAAUGUCAAUAAAUGUAUCCCUUCGUUUCUUUUUUUUUUUUGUUAACAGUUUGUUAAUGUUUCCAUGGCUAGCCGUAGCCUCAAACGCAGUCUUUUUCAGGGCUCGUCACGCGCUCCUCUGCGGAGGGGAAAUGGCGUGACGGACCAAAGAGGGUCUGCUCGGAGGCUGUGGGCUACUUACAGCUUAGGUUUUUUUGAGGAAUUUUCAAAGAAUCGCUGAUGUCAAGAUAAAUGUAGAAAAGUUGGAACAAGAUGUUCUUAGUUUCUCGUAGUUCCCCUUUUAGCCUCCGAACGCAGUCGGUGUCGGUUGUGUAAUACUGUGAAGGGCUAAUUUUGUCUCAUUCUUUUAUCGCCUCACUCGGCUAAAAAGCAAUACAAUAUUUAUAUGAGUCAGUAGAUCAGACUGAGAUUCUUUUACGGCAUUGUUUACAGCAUCAUCAUCAUUAUCAUCAAGAACGGUCGUUUCUAGUUGUUUAAAGGGUUCGUCGUCUUUAAUUCAAAGUGGUUUACACAUUAUUUAAACAGCCUCUUAAGAAACUUGUCAGCUCUUUCUGAACAAGAGCCUUAUUUUUCAAGGAUUAAAUAGUUGAUAUUUUUAGUAAAG